AUAAUUAUGACUGUACAAUCGAUGAACGCACAUAUUCCGGAGAAGCUACCUUCUACUAUGGUGCGGCCACCGCGGCAGCUGGAAGUGGAGCCUGUAUGAUUAAUACUGGCGGUGACCUAAUGAUCGGAGCAAUGACAGCUGCAUUAUGGGACGAAUCUCAGGCAUGUGGUGAAUGUGUUGAGGUAACUGGACCACAGGGUGAUACGGUUUUCAUACAAAUAAUUGACCUAUGUGCCGGUUGUCCAGAGGGUGAUAUAAAUCUGAGCACAGAUGCAUUUACUCAACUGGGCAAUCUCGAAGAUGGAAGAAUAGAUAUAGAAUGGAAAGUGGUAGAAUGUGUCGUUGAUGGAAACAUCAAAUACAAAUUUAAAGAUGGUAGCUCAAAAUGGUGGUUUGCAUUUCAAAUUGUCGAUCAUCGUGUACCAAUUAAAUCUAUUGCCAUAAAGCCAGAUGGACAAGACACCUGGAUCGAUCUCCCUAGACAGAGCUUUAAUUUCUUCUUGCAAGGUGUGGAUGUUAUUGAUGUACCUUUUGCUAUUCGUGUGACUGGAACAACUGAUGAAGUGUUAGAAGAUCGAAUCACACGUUUUCCUUCUAGUAUGGCAUGACCUUCAUGAUGGGAGUGUCCAA